CGGGGCGGUUGGGGAGCGUUGGAGGCUGGUGGUGGCGGCGGAUGGGGGAGGGGGAGGGAUUCUGGGCUCGCUGGGGAGCUGAGUCUUCUAGCGUUGCGAAUAUUAAAAUGGAAUUUACAAUUGAACACACAUGGGAUGGUAUACCUGUGAGCCAUGAGCCAGUAACUGUCAGACUGAAGUCAGGCAAUGCAGGACUGGUAAUGGAAGUUAGUGCUCCCUUCUUUAAUGAUCCUCCAGCACCACUUGGAGAGCCAGGGAAACCCUUUAGUAGACUGUGGGACUAUGAGGUUGUGGAAGCAUUUUUCUUGAGUGACAGAACUGAACAGUAUUUAGAAGUUGAACUUUGUCCCCAUGGACAACACUUGUUGCUGCUUCUUUCUGGCAGAAGAAGAGUAUGGAAAGAAGAACUUCCUUUAGAAUUUGAGGUGACCAGAAUGGAAAACAAAUGGGAGGGUAAAGCUUGUCUUCCUUGGAAUUAUUUUCCACCAUGCACUGACAAGUUUAAUGCAUUUGCAAUUCAUGGCUCGGGAGUAGAGAGAAAGUAUGAAGCGCUUCAUCCUGUGCCUCAACAUGAACUACAGGAAGGACAGAAACCAGACUUUCAUCGUCUGGAAUUUUUCAAAGAAUUGAACCUGAAAGGACUAAUGGGAGAAGAUUGGAAGCAGCCUGAAUCAGAUAUAUGGAAAUAUCUCACUGAUUGCAAAACUGAUUGAGGCCUGCACUUUUGAUAGGAUUAAGGUUGGAUGAAGCUGUAUGGAAAUAAUCUCUUCCUUUUAAGUAGAGUUUCAGUAUAUAUUUGUAAAUAUCUGAUUAGUAAGGCUUUUCUUGACCUCAGAAGCAUUGAUUGCUCUUAGUCAACUGCAAAGUAUCUGGACCAGUUACUUCUAAAUGUAUGAAGUGUGCCACUGUCUUUGUUUCCACUCAUGUAUGUAUGGAGCUUUCUCCUGUCUGUCCAGUAGUGAUGAAUCUGUCCCUACCAAUUAAUGGAAAAAACUGCCAGAAUUACAGCUGUGUUUUCAUGAGAACUCUCAGCUUGACAAAGCAAAUACCUGGCUUGGAACCUUUAUCAGUUUCCUUAGUUGCUGUAUUUCUGCUGUGGUUUUCACUGCUAAUUUUUUCUUAGCUGUUGAAUGUGAUUCUUGUUUGCCUAAAUUAUUUUUGUUGCAAUUUGGGCAACAUAUAUGCCUUCUUCAGGAACAGAAGAGAACACAGAUCUCAUACCUUUUUCUGGCCCAAGUCUCAUGUUGCGAGAUGUGCUGGAGGUCUGACACUAACCAACCCCUUUUCUAUACCUUAACCUUUUUCUCGCACAGUGUUGAAGGGGGAACUCUGGCUGCUAGCUUAUUAGCAGACUUCUUUGUUUCAAAGUCAAUGUAGAAUUUUUAGUGAUAUUUAGGUACAGAGGCUAUAUUUGCAAGAAGUUUUAUGCACCCCAGGUAAAGUUUCUGGGAGAAGUAAUGUUUAGUAAGAUCUUCUGAUAUAAUUGUCUGCCUAAUACAAUGUUUGGUUUUUGUCAUGUUACUGUAAAGAUUCAGCUCAGAUAUGAGAAACUUGAAACUAUCAAACUAUUUGCUUGCCACCAGACCCUGGAAACACUUAAAUGGAUUGUGGGUGCCUACACUUCUAAAUACUGGCAAGAAUAUUUUAACAGUACUGAAUACUGUUAGACUUUCACAGGAUGGUAAUAUCUAAUGACUGAACUCCCACAGGAUUUAUAAAUGAGGUGUUCCCUUUGUCUUGACCUUCUGUCUAGCAGAAUAGGUGCUCUUUAGUCAUGACUGCUGAUUGGAUCCUGUAUAAGGUAACUUAGAAAAUGGAAAGCUUACUCAUUGACUAGAUUUUUCAUAUGGAAAGUGGGUAACCUAAAAUCAAACUUCUGUUUAAUUCAAUGUGGGAUUCAGACCAAGAUAUGGUCACUGUUCUUUAUUAGAAAGAGGGCUUCCUGCAUCCUGUUGAAGUGUCAUCAUCAUCAGAGCUGUUUUGUAAAAUGUGGACGUUUUCUUUGGCUGUAUGAGAAAGAUGUUUUGGGAUUCUGAGAGAAUAUGGUUGAGUUGUAAUUGAGGGAAUACCUUUCAGAAAGAUUACUCCUUGAGAUGCGGUGUUGGGUCUUAUCCAUUUGUUUUGCACUUGCUACUGAACAAUUUAGAAUCAUAUAAGUUACUAGAAAGGGCCUCUGGAGUUCAUGUAGUCUGACAUCCUGCUCAAAGAAGGGCCAUCACUGAAGCUAAUCAGUUUGCUCCAGGCCUUGCCAAGAUGAGUUACGAAUGUCUCCAAAGAGAUUCAAAUGCUCUGUGUAGCCGGUUUCAAUGUGUAACCACAUUUGCUGUGGAAACUUUUCUUACCUACUUGCAAUUUCCCAUGCUACAACUUGUUUGUUGCCUCUUGUCCUUUCUCUGUGCACCUUCAAAAAGUUUGACUUUCUUCUCUAUAACUACCCAUCAUUAGAUCUCCCUUGGGCUUCUUUAAGUGUUAUCUUUCUCAAUUUGCUUUUUGUGAAUUGCAUUAAGUACAUUAUGGUCAGAUAUUUAGGGACAGCUUAAAUGAGUAACUUGGGUUGUAAAUUAGGGGUAGCCAUACUCCCAAGCUGUUCUUAGUCCUUUAGCUCAUAAAUGGUUUUAAAAAUCCUAUGUGUAGUUUUAGAUCUCAAAAUGCCUGUAAAGUUUUGGACUAGACUGCAUUUUAUGUGUAUAAGUGCUAUUGAAAGGAUUGUCUGUUUUAUUUUGAGCAUCCAAGCAUGAGUAGCUGUAAUCUGACAGUCAUGCUUUUCUAUGCUAUUUUUAAAUCUAACUCUGCCUGUAAAUUCUGCUUUGGGAAGAACAGGGGUUGGAAUAUUUACCUUUAUAAAGACUAUCUCAGUGUAACUAAUAUCUGUGAGGUAGAAUGCUACUUCAGAAUUCUUGUUUGGCUUUAAGUUUCCCCUUUGUACUUUCAGUUUUAUAGGAUUACACUUUCUAACCUAGGAUACUAGUUUUACAUACACAAAUUUUGGCACAUUGCUGUGUACUAAAUCAUCCCGUUCUUUCUGCUCUCCUAAUUAGAUGCUAUAGAUUCCUUGCUAUAAAGUGCCAUCUGUUGAAAAUUUUAAGUAUUGUAUGUGCAAUUGUUUGGCUGCUUCAUUACCUUCAAUCCAUGUAUGGUUUUCUGAAGUGACAUUAUACUCCAAGAUAUUGAAUAAUCCAAUAAACAUUGAUUUUUAAAAAGC